GCAAUUAACAAAAAUUGUAAUUUUGUCGCAUACAAGCAAGUUAGAAAAAAAACGAUCCGCAAUCUAAUUUAAUUAUUGCGUCAAAUUACAAAAAUUCAUUUGCAUUGAUGCGUUAUUGCAAUAGACAAGCUUGCGCGCUUAGAAAUGCCGCUUAUCUGUUUGCUAGAUUUUAAGCAUGUCAAGUACUUGUGCCGCUAAAAUGUUUCCAUUCAUUGAAUCGGCUAGCGUAUUGAAUGAAUAUGCUGUAAUCGCUCUGUACGUCGUGAGCGAAAUGCCAAUAUAAUCAGUGUCAUUAUUCAGGUCUAACCGCGUUGAGGUAGGUUAUUCAUGCAUAUUUAUUGCAAAUUAUUGCGAUAAGAAUGCAAUGUUUUUUUUUGACGUUUUCAAAGGCGUUUUUCGCAGCCCAUUUUUUUCACUCGCUACGCGCUGGCGCUAGUAAUACCGAAAAAAAUAUUCAAUUCGUUCUGAGAAUGUUUGACAAUAACCUUGAGCACGGUCAAAGUCAUCGAAAAGCUGAACCCUGAGUAACAACAAAUAGCUCUUUCAAAUACGGUUAAAUUAAUUCGGAAAGUUUUUGACACAUGGAUUUUGGAUAUUUGUUGAAAAAUACGUAUAUGAACUUUGGCAGAUGAUGUGUGCGUCAUCGGAAUUUCUUUGCUUUUUUCUGUUUAUUUUCAUUUUUUGUUACUUCUUUAUAUAACAAAUCUUGAUUCCUAAUAAUAUUUGUUUUGGCAUUUUUUUUCUACUUGGCCCUUUAAAAAUAUUUCAUUUUGUGGUUAAGUGAGAAAAAAAUGCAACUCCCGCCGAUAAACUUGACUUGAUAACACCAAAAUACAUGCUGCUAUGAAUUGCAUCGUCAGACUGCGUUCUAAUUUACAUGAGACAACUACGUCUUAGAAUAUGUGCAACAAUGACAACGUCAACGAAACGCAUAAUACAAACAAAUGCUGCCUGAAACGUAAGUAUGACUAGACGAAUAGACACAGUUUUCGGACUGAUAACAUUUCACACAUAAACUGGAGCACUUUUUGUUUGAAUAUUUUCUCAACAAAGUUGACAACGUAAGGGAAAAAAAAUAUAUAUCAAUUUUAUUCGAAUAUUCUGGAAGUAAAAAAGUGUUGACCCUUUCGGUAAUAUUUCCAUAUUGACCUAUUGCGCAUUUGAUUUUCUAAAUAUUUGCUUAGUUGCUGCGACAAAACAACAUUGUUUAGUCAUUUGGCCAAAGUGAUUUUCUCUUCCGCAGUGACAAGCAACAAAACAAAUUCACUGGGAAUAGUUUUUGCUUUCGUUACAAAGUGAAAAGAGAAAAAAAAACCCAAACUAUCGAAUCGAAAUCUGUGUGGAAUUGUUGACAUGAUAAUGACGCCAGUCACAGUGUCUAUUAAGCAAAUUUGUUUAUUUUGAGCAACAGAAGCGGUAGCAAUCGUCAUCCAAAAAUCAGCAUAUAAUUGGCUUCUUGUACACUUUGUCUAAAUUUGUUCACCCGAAUGCAAAUUGCUUUUUGUCUCUGGCUGAGAAAGAAUUAAAAAUAGCUCUAGGAAUUGAAGUUCGAAAAUUUGUUUCAUAAAAUAUUCAUUCAGACAGGCGAAGAAAAAAUUCGGCUAUUUUUUCCCUUUAGAAUUGAAGCCAUUUGAAUUGGAAAUAAAGCAUUAACAAUGAACCAAAUUUCGGUUUUGCAACAUUUGUGUGCUUCUUUUUGAUGGUAGUGUGUUCCUGUGAAUAAGAUUUCGGAGUGAAAUGCCGAGCAGCUCGUCAUAAGCAUACUACCAUCAACAAGAACAUAAGCACACGCAUCCAUCUCGUCAUCUUGCAGCUUUGAGAAUGCAUCUCUGAUCAGAGGGUCCGGGCCGUUUACGGAAAGUAACAGCUACCGAUUACCAAUGCAUACACAUAAUAGAACGCGAUCAGCUUUAUUUUCUCUCUCAGAAUGUGUGUAUUACGUUCAUGUUGUUGUAUUUUUUUUUUGUUUGUCCCAUUCACUCGUCCAAAAAUCACCUCAACACAUAAACAUACAAAUAAGAUGAUUUUGUAGAAUGACCCGAGAAAAGAGUUGUUAUUCUCGUUGCGUUUUUUGUUUGUGUGUUGAAGCUCUUCGUCACUGAUCUGAUAUAAAAAAGAGAUGAUUCGCUCGGAAACUUCAUCAGAAUCGAUUUUGUAGCUGGUGUUUACAGAUCGAUUUCUCAGUCAGCGCACACUCAUUUUGGAAACGUUCUUUCCUUUUGCUAUUCGUUGUUUACAACAACAAAAAGUUCUUGUUAUUUUUGUUCACAUUUGCAUCAUUGAAAAGCUUCGACAAAUAAUUUUAUUUUGUGUUUGAAUUUUGUUUGUUAUCUGAUAGAUUAAAAAGAAUUUCAAAUUCGAUACAUUAACCAGAAAAGUUGUUCAUAUUCGUAAAAGUUUAUUACGGAAGUAACUGAAUUUCAAAAUUGCCAUAGCAAAUUAGAUAAAAUUAAAAAGUAUCGUUAGUUAAUUACUAAAUUGUAUAAAUUGAAAGACAGAUCAGUUAAGUAGACUCCUUUUACAAAUCAUAAUUCGACAAAAGAACCAAGAUGAACAAGGCAAAUUUGUAUAAACAUUCAAAUGGUUUGCAACGGCGUGAUGCGAAGCAAACGAUCGAGGAAUUUUCGCAUGUGCUUCAAUGGCGAUCGGAUGGUCGUGAUUCUCUGCUCGACAUUGGCUGUGGCAGCGGUGAUGUUACAAUUGAUUUUCUACUACCGAUUCUACCGCCAAACUAUCAACGUUUAGUUGGUGUGGAUUUAUCGCAAGAGAUGGUCACGUUUGCCCGUCAACAGUACCCAUAUUCACGGAUUUCAUUUGACAAAUUCGACCUUGGUCUUGACAUCGAAAAGCAACAAUUUCGCAGCGCAGAACCAUUCGAUCACAUCACAUCAUUCUACUGUUUGCAUUGGGUGCAGAAUCAGGAGCGUGCUAUUCAGAAUAUGUACAAACUAUUGAAGCCGGACGGUGAUAUGUUGCUAGUAUUUUUGGCACAGAAUCCAAUCUUCGAAAUUUACAAGCAAAUGUCACAGAGUAAAAAAUGGGCCAAAUACAUGACUGACGUCGAUCAUUUCAUUUCACCGUAUCAAUAUUCCAAGAAUCCAGCUGAUCAGUUUGGUAAACUUCUGUAUGCAAACGGUUUCACCGAGUACAGUGUUGAAAUACGGGAAAAGUUCUUCGUGUUCGAAGGGAUUGAACUGUUAAAAAAAUCUGUGAAAGCGGUGAACCCGUUCAUCGAACGAAUUCCAACGCACGAUCAAGAUGCAUUUUUCGACGACUAUCUAAAUCUUGUCAUAAAAAUGCACUUGGCUUUAGACGACAUUCAUACCAAUAGCAACGCAUGCCGCUUUUUAACACCAUACAAACUGAUGAUCGCUUAUGCUAGGAAGUAACAAUUGAUUUAUUACAGUUUUACGUAGAAUUAGUAAAUAUUUAAAUUAUUUAUUCACAACUUAUUCAUAUAUACAUAUAUAGUGUCACACAUUUUCCUUGUGGUUAAUAAAAAAAAUUGUACUCUAUUUCGAAUUUAACAUUUGAUUUUUGUCUUU